AUGGCGCCGUCGCGCUCCAAAGCUCCCGCAAGCGACGAUGCCGAGACCAUCCGAGUUUCGAUUGUUGGAGGAAACUCCACAGAGCGAUUGAAAGCGUUGCAGGAUUUGAUUUCUCUGUUCACGAGAAAGCUUCAAGGCUCGACACAGCUGCCGCUCGAUGCCAAAGCAUAUCACAGCCUGGUCGAGGCCCUGUUCCAGUGUUCGCUCUCUGAAAAGAAGAGCUACCUGAGCAACAAGAGGACAACAAAGAGCACGGCUGAGACUCGCCUCGUGGCAAGUGCCGAGGCUCUGCGGCUGGCCGUCAACUAUGGUGCUUCUGGUCUGAAGCGGAAGGUCGCCCGCGCCAUCGUGGACCACAUUACACAGACGCUCCCCGGCCGUGACCACGAGUUUGUCGAGCCGAUCCUGCAGGACUACACCAAGGCAUUGGUGUCUCUCCUGAGCCAUCCGGCCAAUGUGGAGCAGCUCGGUGCCAUCGAUGGCGAGGGCUGGCUGGCGUGUGCGGAUUUCUUCGUGGACGCCAUUGACCGCUUUGCCGAGGUGCCCGAUCGUGAUGCCUUGGCCUACGUUGUGCUGUCUCGUGCCUCGCCGGCGCCGGGAACACUUCCGCUUUCGGCGGGUCAGGGCCGUUCUGGCACUCUAUCCAAAGCGCGGCCCUCGUCCCAGGCGUCUAGCAAAAUUUUGGAGACGCUCGUCCAGGGUAUGUACCACCUCGUCAGCGCCUCGAACGCUCCGCUCAAGUCCAGAGCUUCGCAGCUCGCCAACGUGGCCCUUCGUGUCCUGCAAAUGCGGCAACUGGGCGUUGGGACGCUGCAGCAGACGGCCUGUGCGUCCGUUCGGUGCAUUGUGCAGCACCUCCAGGGCGACGACGUUGCUUUGGUCCAGGGCAUCGUCCGUGACAUCAUGCCUCUUUUGGGCCAUUGGUGGCAUCCGCGCUCGUCGGCUAGCCAGAGCGAGUCUGUCAACUCCAUCCGCGAGGAAAUUCUGCGGACUAUAUAUACGUUGCAGCUACAUAUCGAAGCUCUGGCCAUCCAGUCGCCAACCAGCGGCAUUCUCGACCAUAUCAAGGACGUCUUGGACAACCUCUGGAUGGAGUAUUCGAAGCGUGACGAUCGCACGCGGCUACAAGUUGUCGACAUUGCGUUUUCGUACACACCGACAAGCUGUUUUGAUGCUCGUGUCUUUGGACUCGGCACACACGACGUGUCCGCAGAACGACGCUGGGCCGUCGUGGAGGUCAUUGCCCUUCUGGAGGCCAUCUAUGCUCGCCAUGCAAGGCAGCCGGCCGAUCAUGGUGACGGCGGCGCAGACGACCAGCCCCGAAAACGACGGCGCGUGCACGAACCGCCGAGCCGCAUCCGGAGUCAUCUGGCCUCUCCAGACCCGGGAACAAAAUUGGCUGCACUCCAAGUCCUGCCUUUCUACUUCCAGAUGACCGAAGUACCAGUGGACGAUCUGGCGGAUAUUCUCCAACGCCUUGGCCAGCACAUCAGCGACAAACAAGCGGUUGUUUGCUCAUGGGCCAUGACCGCCUGUUCGAGCUGUGCCCACCAGACCCACGCAAGAGACGCGGCACUUGCUGGGCUCUGGGGUCAGGUCUGGCAGAUUGCUGUGCGCUCUGUCAGUCUCCCGGCGACCUGUCGUGCUGCCUGCGCCCUGGUCCACACCAUGCUGGAAACGGAGUUGAUCCCGUACCAUGCGAUCGGGGACGACGUCAACAAUCUGGUCACAGCCGCCGAAGUUAGUGGACCGGCUCUUCUUGUCGACUCGUCCCUGGUCUUGAUGAUGCACUUGUUUCAUGUCCGCAAUGCGACGCUUCCCAGUGCCAGCGAGACAACGUCGAAUAACAUCACUAGGUGGCUCUUUUCGCGAUGGAAGCCCGCUGAGCAUGGCUUUGCGUCUCUGUAUUCCGCCCUCGCCCCGUCCUACGACAUUAUCAACCUCAUCAACAUCUGCAUAGGCUCACCUAUCCAAGAAAUCCAGCGCCCCGUUGAGAUAUUCGGCGGCCCCGUCAAGCAGACCUGGCAGGACCAGGAGGAGAGCGACGACAUGAUGAGGUAUCUAUUGCUGCUUCCGCCGAAACCGUUCAAGCGUUCCAAGCAUGCUACCUGCCAGUAUUCGUCCGGCACGACGACCAACGCCACGUCCCAGUUCCGUGACCCAGCCAGCUCCAACACCGCCAGAAAGGCUGUUCUCGAGUUGCUGCAGCCCAACAUGGACGAAUUCGUCCAAAUGGCCGAGGCGUGGACCCGGAAAGGUGGCGAGAACAUCUCUCAGAUCUCUGCGCAGCGAAUGCAGAGCCUGGCAGACUUUUGUGUCGUUUGUGCCGCACUCGCCCCGCAACUGAGUUCUGUCAAUUCCAGUCUUGCGAGAGACUUGGAGCCAGGACUGCUCAAUCUGGUUGACGCGACCUUUAAGGCACUACACGAGGCCGAGCAGAACCAGGCAUUCUUUGAGGUUUGGCUGUCGGCAGUCUACGCGCACCUGCCGCGAAUCUCGGCUGCUGACACGGAGCGGUUUGCCAAAGAGCACCCCGUCUUGUUAAGACUCGUUGCCCAGCUGUCGCAAGCCAUUGACGAAGAAAACGCCAAGCAGUCCUCCCUCUCAAACGACGCCUUCAUGGAAAUCGACGACGGCUUUGAGUCGGCGAUUAGCCAGGGCAGUGUCACCACAAAGGCCAUUACACUUCCCCGACGGGCCUCCUCCUUGUCGACCAGUUCUACAGCCUUCUACCUCAAUACUACGCAGCGGCUGCAUCUUUUGUAUUUCAUCAACGAAAAUUCAAACAACGUCGGCGUAUUGCCAGAGGGCUUCCUGGACCAAUUCCUCGCCUUGUCCAACGAAGAUCUUCUCCUGUGCAGCGACUUCAUGCGUGACUUGUUCGGCUCCGACCUGGUUGUCGUUCCCGAAGACGCGCUCAAGGUCGUCGAAGUGAUUGGCGACAUUAUCGGCCAAGGGGAGUACUCUUGCUGCGAGAUCGCACUGACAACUUGUAUGGAUGUUAUGCAGGGCUUUGUUUCUGUCUGGCCUGACGAGAAGCUUGAAGUAUCUGCGCGGAUUGGCGACUUGUACGCAUACCUGGUGCAACAGUCGUUGCCAAAGAACUCCCUAUCUGCAAAUGCACAGAUGGGCCUCGCCAAACUUCUUUACCGCUUGCUCGAGGUGAACUCGGCCUACGGCAGCGAUCUCGGCCUGCCUUCGUGCCGGUCUACCCUGCUGUCCAUUUUACAGACGAGCUUCAUCCCCGUAAAAUACUUUGUUGGCAUGAACCUCCCAAAGAUCUUCGCCUUGUAUGUGCUCAAGGUGCACGAUGAUCUCUUUGUCGACAUCCUGGAGAGCCUCCCUUCAGACCCAACCUGGCCCGAAGGUAUCUCGCUCCGCCUGCUUGCUCUGGCUGAGCUUGCGCGGUCUUGGCCGACGCUUCUCCGCCGCUGUAUCUAUCACAUCUUCGAGACACCUGGCCGCUUGAAGCAGUGCUCUGACUUUGCCACUCGAUGCCUUGCCAAAGUCGCAACGGCGCUCGCACUCGACUCGCCGCGGGACCUCUUCAAGCUCUUCGCCCCGCAGCUUCUGUACACCUGGCUAGAGCGUGACCUGAUCGAGGAGAUUCCCUACAGCAUCUUUGGUUACAGCGGUCUCGACGACAUGAUCGGCCAGGCUAAGACCGAGGCCACCGCGCUCAUGUUGAUGCGCGGCCAGGAGACUGAAGCGUUUGCGAUUGCGAAACGGCUCGACUUGAGCAAUGCGGACCUCAUUCAGCAGACGUUUGCCAAGGCCAUGGCCUACAGCGUGGCCCACGACGUGGCGAUGACUAAGGACAAGACACAGACAACCUCCGAGAGCCGCAUACGGAAAGUACUGGGCCGGGACCGCUUUGUCGACGCCAUGUACUACCACCUCGCAGACAUUAUCGCCGUUCUGUUUGAUAUUAUUGACCAAGAAGAUCCCAUCGAAAAAUACUUCAGCAAGGAUCCAACCCUCCAGUACGCGGCCGAUAUCAUGGCCGAGAUCAAGGCCUUCAACCACUCGCCCGUGAUUCUCCCGCCCAACCAGCAACCCAUGUUCAAGGCCAAAUUCUUGACCCGCGAACUGGCAUACAUCUGCAGCCGCACGGAGUAUGAUUUGAGCACCCUCUGGACCCCGGCACUAGUUGUGUCUGUGGCCCGUCAACUCUUUAACACCAUCCGGCCAGCGCUAGGAUCACUACAUGCCUGUUCCGUGAUCCGAAAGGUUCGUGUACUCGUUUGCCUGGCUGGAGAGCAGGCGACCAGCUCGUAUCCGCUGGAGAUGCUUUUGCAUUCGGUCCGGCCGUAUGUGCAGGAUGCAGAAUGUGCAGACGACGCGCUCGGCAUCACAAAGUAUCUCAUUAUUCGCGGCACGGGCCAUCUUACCCAGUUCCCCUCCUUUUACGCCGGCUAUGCAGUGUCCAUGCUAGCCUCCCUGCGCAUGUUCCUGGAGUCUAGCCAGGCUAGCACAACGCAAGAGAGCCAGUUCAAAGCCACCAUGAGCAAGGCGCAGCAUUUCCAUAGCUGGUUUGCCAAACACCUGCGUGAGUAUGACUCGCCUGCCUUCCAAGACGAUGUCCAGCGUACAGCAUUCAAGUCCAUUACGCAGUCCGCUACACAGAUCCGGGCAUCUGGAAACGCCGAAAGGGGCACACCGGAAAGCACCCUUUUACUCGAAAUUUUCAAAGACGGAGAGCAAGAAGCCCGUCUGCUCAACGACUCGUCCCGUGAUCUGGUCCUGGGGAUGCUUUGUAGCGAUUUCCACGUCCCAGCGUCCAUUCGCGCCGACAUUAUCGAGACAGACCAAGACGCGCGAGAUCACGGCGCCGUUGUUUGGAAGAGCUGUGGUGCAACGGCCUUGAGUAGAGAGUAUCUCAUAUGGGCUGGCCGCGUCGUUGGACGGUCGUUUGCCGCAUCGGGGACCAUCCAUGACGACCUCCUCCGCGAGUCCCGCCUCGACCAGUACCAAGGAGGUGCCGCCACUACUGCGAGCUCCGAACAGGGUCUUCUUCGGCUUCUUGAGACCCUGACUAUGAAUGCGGAGUCGACGACGGCAGGUCUUGCUGAAUCAGCGCUGCGGACAAUUGUGUCACGGGCCGCCAUCUUGGGCGACAGUACUCUGCAGCUGGCGUGCCAGGACAGCCUGUCAGAGCCUUUGUUGAUCUCCUCGUCGUGGGGACAGUACCGGACACCUCCCUCUGACUUUGACGAGACUCUUUCGACCCCGGAAGGUGCUGCAUUCGAAGCUUUUAAAAUGAGCAACAUUGAACACGUCAAUUGGGCACAAGACCUGGCCGUCUAUCUGGCCCAUUGCAUACCGGACGACGUCGUCCUUCGCGUGCUCCCUCCCAUCCUGACCAACGCCAAGGGUUUUGCAGAGCAGGUGUUCCCCUUUAUCGUGCAUCUGGUCCUACUGUUCCAGCUUGAGAAGCAGCAAACCGUCAAGCGCAGCCUUUCCGAGGCCGCUAAAGUGUGGCUGGCCUGUACCUCACCGACCGCACAGGAAAACGUUAAGCUUCUGAUCAACACGAUCGUCUACCUGCGGACACAGGCUAUGCCCAACGAGAACUCCAUAGCAGAGCGACACAAAUGGCUGGAUAUUGACCUGUCCGUGGCAGCAGAAGCGGCAUCCCGGUGUGGCAUGUUCAAAAUUGCGCUUCUCCUUGCCGAGCUCGCGCUCACAGAGGUUGCCAAGCCAUCACGGAGGUCUUCGGGCGUUGUCAACUUAAAGGAUCUGGAAGCAACCGAACACACAGACCUCUUGCUGGACAUUUACGAAAACAUCGACGACCCCGACGCUUACUAUGGGCUACCCCAAAGCCCCAGUCUGUCUAGUGUUUUGGCCCGUCUCGAGUACGAAAAGGACGGCAGCAAGACCCUUGCCUUCCGUGGUGCGCAAUACGACAGCCACCUACGCCGGCACAACGCCGUCGCAGCCAAAGAUGGACAGGCGCUCGUACAGGCGCUCAGCAACAUUGGUCUGUCUGGCCUGUCUCACUCCCUUCUCCAGACGCAGCACAGUGUGGAUGGCACCUCGGCGUCCCUGGACAGCACUUUUACCACGGCACGGCGACUGGGCAUGUGGAAUCUGCCGGUUCCUGCAGUCACCGAUAACCCGUCAGUCACUGUCUACAAGGCGUUUCAGGCCGUGCACCAGGCGACCGACCUCACGGCAGCACAGCAGGCCGUCUAUGAGGGCCUCGGCAACACGAUGAAGCAAGUGACCAGCCAAAGCCUGACAGUGUCCAGUCUCCGACAUCAGCUAGGCGCACUGGCCGCCUUGACUGAGCUUGACGACAUUUUGAACUAUUUUAGAUAUGACGACGUCAGCCAGCUGUUGUCUUACCGCGAAACAACUCUGAGUACAAUCAGCGAGCAGAGUUACGUUAGAGGAAGUAUGAAAGUGUCGCCGGCAGAGGCGCGCCUGGUUGAGAUCAAGGGACUCCUUCUCUCGUCCAGCAUUUACCGCUUCCACCAUGCCAUGCAAGAGUCGCUCAAUGUGACGACGGCCCUCUCAGACCUCAUCGACCCGAGUGAGGCGCUGGGCCUCAAUGUGGACGCCGCCAUUAAGGUGGAGACGUCCAGCUCGCUCUGGGACCACGGCGAAAUGCUGGCUUCGAUCCGCGUGCUGCAAAGCAUUGAUCGAGACUCGUCCCUCAAGAAGCAGAUGGUGCCCGUCAGCCGUUCGGAUCUCUUGUCGAAGAUCGGCUACCAAGUGUCGGUGGCACGCCUCGAGAGCGCCGACUCGAUCCAGAAGAAGUACCUUGAGCCGGCGCUCCGCGAGCUCAAGGGGCGUAACGAGGGCAAGGAAGCCGGCCGCGUGUUCCACCAGUUUGCCAUGUUCUGUGACCAGCAGCUGCAAAACCCAGACAGCCUUGAAGACUUGGCUCGUCUGCAGAGCCUGCGAGAGGGCAAGAGCAACGAAGUCAAGCAGCUACGGGAGUUGAUUGGCGGUGCCAAGGACUCGCAGGUGCGGCACAGGUACACAAGCCACCUUAACAAGGCGAAACUGUGGCUAGACCUCGACGAGCAGGAGCUUCACCGGGUAGAGCAGACGCGCAACGAAUUUGUGAAGCUGUGUCUAGAGAACUACCUGCUGUCCCUCGCCGCGUCCGACGAGCACAACAACGACGCGCUGCGGUUUACGGCACUCUGGCUAGACAGAUCGAGCGAGGACAGCACCAAUGAGGCGGUCGAGAAGUACUUGCGCAAAGUGCCGACGCGCAAGUUUGCGCCGCUUAUGAACCAGCUCACGUCGCGGCUGCAGGGCCAGACGGGGCUGUUCCAGAAGCUUCUGUUCGAUCUCGUGUACCGCAUCUGCAGCGACCACCCUUACCACGGCAUGUACCAGAUAUGGUCGGGCGUGCGGACGCGACCAAACCAGAAGGACGGCGUGGCCGUGCUGCGGCAAAAAGCGACAGAGCGGGUGGCCAAGCGGCUCAUGUUGCCCGAGUCCAACGUGGCGGCCAUCUGGCAGGCAAUUGACCGGACCAGCAAAUGCUACCACAUGCUGGCGGUGGAGCGGGACAGCAACUUCAAGGCCGGGCACCGCCUGGCGCUCAAGGAUUCACAGGCGGGCAACGGCCUCGUGCAAGGGCUGGCACGGUACACGAUCCCGCCGCCGACCAUGGAGAUCCCGCUAGAAGCUGACAAGGUGUACGUCGGCAGGGUGCCCACGAUUGUGCGUCUGGAACCGACGAUGUCGAUUGCGCUGGGCGUGAGCGCCCCCAAGAUCCUCACGGUUGUCGGCAGCAACGGUGUGCGUUACAAGCAGCUGGUCAAGGGCGGCAAUGACGACUUGCGGCAGGACGCCAUCAUGGAGCAGGUGUUUGCGGCGGUGUCGGCGCUCCUCAAGCUGCAUCGGACGAGUCGGCAGCGCAAUCUGGGCAUCCGCACGUACAAGGUACUGCCGCUGACAGCGUCGUCGGGGUUGAUCGAGUUUGUGCCUAACACGAUCCCGCUGCACGAAUACCUGAUGCCAGCACACGAGCGCUACUACCCGCGCGACCUCAAGGGCUCGCAGUGCCGCAAGGAGAUUUCGAAUGUGCAGACGCGGCCGGUCGAAACACGCAUCAGUACAUACCGCAAGGUGACGGAGCGGUUCCACCCGGUGAUGCGGUACUUCUUCCUCGAGUACUUCCCCGACCCGGACGAGUGGUUUGUGCGCCGCCUCGCCUAUACACGCGCGACGGCAGCCAUCUCGAUGCUCGGCCACGUGCUCGGUCUCGGCGACCGGCACGGACACAACAUUUUGCUGGACUCGAAGACGGGAGAGGUGGUGCACAUUGACCUGGGUGUGGCGUUUGAGAUGGGCCGCGUGCUGCCGGUGCCGGAGCUGGUGCCAUUCCGACUGACGCGUGACAUUGUGGACGGCAUGGGCAUCACAGGGACCGAGGGUGUGUUCCGACGGUGCUGCGAAUUUACGCUGGACGCGAUGCGCGAAGAGACGUACUCGAUCAUGACGAUCCUCGACGUGCUGCGGUACGAUCCACUGUACUCGUGGUCGAUCUCGCCGGUGCGUCUGGCCAAGCUGCAGGAUGCGCGCUCGCGAACGGAUGAGGCAGCGGCAGCGGCAGCGGCGGCAGCGGCUGAAGGCGGAGGCGGCGGUGCAGACGACCCGGACACCGACACUCGCAACGGAGCUGUCCUCAACGAGCCGUCGGAGGCCGACCGGGCGCUGGAGGUGGUGCGCAAGAAGCUGUCGAAGACGCUGAGCGUGGCGGCGACCGUCAACGACCUGAUUAAUCAGGCCACGGACGAGCGGAAUUUGGCCGUUUUGUAUUCGGGUAAGCUGCGCAUCCUCUCCUGUCUUGAUUAUGACUGUGUGAUUCUAACUGAGAAAUAG